UUUCCGCGGACCGUUUGAGGGUCUCCCGCUGCUCACAGAGACGCUCGUCAUGGCGGCCUUAAUCAAGGAGAUCGUGAGCAGGAAAAAGAGGCGGUACCAGGAGGACGGCUUCGAUCUGGACCUGACAUAUAUUUAUCCGAACAUCAUUGCUAUGGGGUUUCGUGCUGAGCGUCUGGAGGGCGUCUACAGAAACAACAUUGACGAUGUUAUUCGAUUCUUAGACUCGAAGCACAAGAACCAUUACAAGAUCUACAACCUGUGUGCGGAGCGACAUUAUGACUCGUCAAAGUUCAACUGUCAAGUUGCUCAGUAUCCGUUUGAAGACCAUAACCCACCACAGCUGGAGCUGAUCCGACCGUUCUGUGAAGACCUGGACCAGUGGCUCAGAGAGGACGAGCACCACGUCGCAGCCAUUCACUGCAAAGCGGGAAAAGGUCGCACUGGGGUCAUGAUUUGCGCGUACUUGUUGCACCGUGGAAGGUUCCAGGAAGCGCAGGACGCACUGGAUUUCUACGGCGAAGUUCGCACGCAUGACAAGAAGGGCGUGACCAUCCCCAGUCAGCGCCGGUACGUGAUCUACUACAGCUGCCUGCUGAGGAACCAGCUGCAGUACAAACCCGUGGCUCUGCUCUUCCACAAGAUGCUGUUCGAGACCGUCCCCAUGUUCACCGCCGGCACCUGCAGUAAGACUGCGCCCACUGCACCACGCACCACACACCACACAAACCUCGACACACAGACACCCAACCGUCUGACUGUGUGGCUGUGCUCUGCUGCAGAUCCUCAGUUUGUGGUCUACCAGCUGAAGGUGAAGAUCCACACCUCCAACCCCACCCACACACGCAGGGAAGACAAGGUCAUGCUGUUUGAGUUUCCGCAGCCACUUCCUGUGUGUGGUGACAUCAAGGUGGAGUUUUUCCACAAGCAGAACAAGAUGAUGAAGAAGGAGAAAAUGUUUCAUUUCUGGGUCAACACCUUCUUCAUCCCUGGACCAGAGGAGAACCAGGAGAAACUGGAGAAUGGCAGCACGGGGGCGCUGCGGGACACGACCAACAGGACACACCAGAAUCCAGGGCUAGUGACAAGUGCAAUGACGAGUGUAGACGGCAACGACCGAGACUUCCUGGUCCUCACUCUGAACAAGAACAACUUGGACAAAGCCAACAAGGACAAGGCCAACAGGAACUUCUCGCCCAACUUUAAGGUGAAGCUGUUCUUUACAAAGACGGUGGAGGAAGGAGCUAACUGUGACGCCAGCAGCACGUCAGCCUCCGUGACCCCGGACGUCAGCGACAACGAGCCGGAUCACUACCGCUACUCCGACACAACAGACUCGGACCCGGAGAAUGAGCUGUGUGACGACGACGACCACGACCAGAUCACGAAAGUCUGACCCACUAACACACAGUUACAUAUGUGUUUAUACACACAGUAUGUAUGUACAUAUACAUAUAUAUUUGUAUACACACUCAUGAAGCCCUGCACUCAGGCUAACUGCAGACACCAGGGGACUACGGACCGGAGCUGAUCUCAAAGACUCUGAUCCGUGAGCUCGGAUCAGGAUAUAAGACACACCCCCUUUCCUUACGCUUCAUGGUGCACACCUGGACAAUCACAUGACAAGGCGGUUGGACUCGAUGUACGGCGAAGGGACAAAAAGACCGAUGAAUGGACAAGUCCAGGGGUAAAACUUGAAUACGGAGUAGACGUCUUUAGUGAGGAAUCGUCCUUGCCCGUGUCUCCUUCCAUCCUCCCUUUCCUUCCUAACCAGUACACUUCACAUCCACUGUGCGGUUUCAGACCACUCAUCUCAUUGUGCACUGAAGUCCAGGCUGCAGAACUGUAGCUGGUCUCACACACUGUGUAAGGUCCAGUAGAACAAGUGUCCAUCAGUCUGGACCAGUGGGAUCAGCCAGGUUCAGUCCAAACCCUUGGAGCUGGGACCGUUGGCACCAGUUAGUGGUUCCACAGUGUAGUGAUUAUCAUGCCGGCAUACACAUCUGCCUUACACACAGAAGGUCCUGGGGUCGAGCCCCACAGGAACCACGUGCUCGGUGCCUCCAGGGGGCAGCCUGUUGCAGCAGAUCUGUUAAAAAAAAAGAAUUGUGGGAUCAAAAAAGUUUAAACCCAUCUGGAUUUGUGGACUUCAACUUGGUUUAGGUUUGAACGAGCCUGAAUCCCUUAGCUGGACUGGAUUAGAACCCAACUACAAUUGACCAGCUGUUCAGUUGGUACCGAUCAGGGACUAGAUGAACUGUGCCUGGCCUGGCUGAGACAGGACUGCAGUGGUCUUAGUUGGACUGGAUCAGCGCACAAUGAGAAGGAAAGAGAUUUGGUUUUGAAUGUGACGAGGCUGCAGCUGUCAAUCAUGUUAUUUCUACAAUCGUUCUCACCAAUGUCUUUUUCUUCUGCGAUCAGUCAUGAAGCUAGCAUCUGAACAUUCCUACAAUGCACCUACUGCUAACACCAGACCACGGGCUGCUGGUGUGGGGGUGGGGGCUGCACUUAAUCAACCCUGAUAAAAACCAAAGGCCCUCCAAAAAUAAAACCCCAUGUGAUGGAGUUCCUUGCGACACCACAGGGUGACUAUGACUUAGUCCAACUGCCCUGUUGCCCGCUUCGGUUUGUACAACAUAUUCAGGUUGUAGACGUAGCUAAGACCUCAGGAUUCACCAAUCCCAAUGUUGGCUAAUGUUCAGGGGUGUUGCUAGACGGGGGCAGAUGAGGGCCGGGGCUUACGUCCCUUGAGCCAUUGCCAACAGCACUUCAACUUCAACGCUUCUUUUCUCGUACAUCGAAGGCCAAAGAGUGAAAGUCUCUGAGCUGAAAAUUCACUUGUUCUCGAUUUGUCAACCUGAUUGGAGGUUAAGGGUCAGGUGACCUUUGUGUCACGACAGAAGGUGAGAUUAUUUUGCAGACAGACUGAAUCCGAGCGUCCCUCCCAGAUCUCGUACUCAAGAGUCAAGUCCACUCGGACAGAACCAAGGUUUUGCACUUCGGUCACAUGGUCUACGCUUUCAUCCAAUUUUGACUGAAACUUAGAAUAAAUGGGUGCUAGCCAAUCGAGUAACAUUUACAUAUCUGAGCUCUGACGGUAAAACGUCUGGGGAUAGUUGUUGGACCAGAGCCGUUUCCUCGGGGCGGUUUCCAAACCUAGAAAUGGUGCUUCAAGAACAUUAACAUCUGGACAAGGACAGUGAUGAUUAGCUAACGCUGCCUUUAGCACAGGGUUGUCAGGCCCCGCCCACCACCAGGCUCAAGUGUACAGUGAAGGGCAAACGUUUUAGGCAGGUGUGGACAUUUACUCCAUAUCGCCCCCUCAUAGAUUAAAUCUUUUUUGCCCUGUACCCGAAACAGUUGGUGCUCCCCACAGUGGCCAGAAGUCAAGCCACCGUCCCUGGUGGACCAGGUCCAGGGAGGGUCCUAAAUGUAGGCACUUCCUGAAACUUUUGCACAUUAAUUGCACUGUACAUAAGGGUUCUCUGGUUCUGUUGGGAACAAUCUGGACUUUGGACAAACCUGAACAGUUGGCACGUUUUUACUUCGGUUUGGACUAGUUGACAUCAGUGUGGUCUACUUAGUAACAUUAUGGAUUAGUCAGUACAAGUAUGAAACAAGUCUUUAACUGGUGUCACUUAUGUUCAGUUGACAACCAUUCUGGUUCACUUGGUUGGAGUCAACAUGGAAAUGCGUGGACGGUUUGGAUCCAAACUGAAAUCCAGAGGUUUGACUCCAAACUUGGUUCUGUUGAGACCAGUCAGUAUCAGUUGUCACAAUAUUGGUAUCAAUAGAACCAGCCUAGGCACUAGUCUGGACCAGAUGGCACCACAUUUCUGUGGUUCUAGUCUCGAUCUGUCUGUACCAGUUUUGGUUACGCUGCCAUCAACCUGGACCAGUCUUGGCUGCUCCUUGUGCCAAAAUUUCAAUUUCAAAUGGUGGCGCUGUUAUUCAAUGAAAGCGCAGGCAGUCAAAGAAUUGUUCCUCAAAUUUGUGGAGGAUGUAAAAGUUCUGUGGAACCUGAAGGACGUGAAAGUCUGGAAAAUAUUGAAAAAUAAACGUCUUUACUGCAGUUUUCUCUGGUAAAUACCAACGUUCACAAACUUACUAGGGACGCCAUGUGGACAGACAAGGUUUUUACAUUUCAAAAUGAUUAGCAAGGUUGACAGUUAUACCUCGCAGAUGUUCAGGAAACUUUCUUGCAAUUUUCUUUUCACAAAACAAUCAUUUAUUGGAAACUAGCUAGCCAUUUAAGCUAAUGCUUCACUAACUGUGUGCGUCUGUUGAGUUUAAGUAUUUAAAAUUCAUUACAAGAAGUUUAAUGGACACGUGUAUGUUAAUGUCCGAGCAUCUUGAAGCUAAUGCUAAUAUAUCAUGCCAUCAUUUGGAAGCUAGGUCCUAGGUCGUGCUUUCACAAUAACAUUGUGCAGUUAAAGCUAAUAAAUACCAAGUCCAGUUGUCAUGCUAAGGUCAUUAAGCUAAGCCUGCAGGUCUUCAAUUAUGCUUUUGUGCUAACAUCUUAAGAUCUAGCUAACGUGUCUGGUAUAACAUUUACACUAAAGAGCUAAUGCUAACGGACAUCGGGAGUGAUGUUUAUAUCUUGAGGUUAAAGUCAGCAGGUCUGUGUUGAAUAUUACAUGUUAGCAUCUUAGAGCUAAGCUCAGUGUUGAAAGUUACAGGUGAUGCUUUUAUGCCGCCAGCAUGAAAGUUUCGGGUCAUGUCUCGAUGCUAACAAUCAACAAUGAGGCUAAAGUGAACACAUCCGAUCAAGCCUUUGUGUUAACAUUUUGUGGUCAGGACAAUGCUGUUCCCAUAUGAUGCUAACGUCAUAAGGAGCAAACAGGUCCUUGGAGUUGUAACGUUGUGAUGCUAAAGCAAACAAGUCUCUAAAUGUGCUUUCAUAUGGGCAUCUUCAACUAAAGCUAACAUGUCCCUGAUAACGCUUAUUAGAAUAAAGCUAACAGGUCAGGAGUCACGUUUACAUGCUAACAUGCCAAGGCAUAUGCUGUUGAGCUUCGGGCCAGGUUUUCACUCUAAUGUCCUGUGGCCUAAGCUAACAGGUAGCAUCAUUAGGCUGUAGCUAUCAUGUCUGAAAUUAUCAUACUAACAUAAUGAGGCUUAAGCAAACAGGUUCUGUUGAUGUCGUGGUCAUGUCAGUCACAUGACCAAAGUCCAAUACAGGGAAUAAAACAUUGAACUGUCCUGUUCAGAACAUUGAUCAGUGAUCAUUGACCAGUAUUGAUCAGUCGUACAGUGACAGAUGUGGUUCAUUACGAUUGUGUUUUUGUUUUGAUCAGGUAAACUUGUAAAACUGACUCCUCCCCCUGAUGUUUUAACCCCACCCCCUUAUUUUAUAAUGAAAUGAAUAAAACACUGUCAAAGUGAAUAAACUAUUUAUAAACA